AUGGGAGAGUUGCUGAUUUCGUUGAUGCUCGAACUCCAUCUCACUCCUCCUAUAUGCAGCGAGGAAGGAGGAGCUGCUCGAGCUGCUGGUUUGGUUGAUGAGGGGCCUCCAUCUCGCUCCUCCUCCUACUUGCGGCGGUCCUUAACGCGGCGGAGGAAGAGCGGCGGCUUUGGAGGAGACGACGAGGGUUGCAAACAUGUCCGGUAUGCCAACAAUGCCGCCACCCGCGAGCGGCCGAGGAAAUCUGCUGAUAUAAGGGAACCAUCGAGAGUUCUGAUUCAGAAACCUCGUCAUGAUAGAGAAAACAAACCUCGUCAUGAUAGAGAAAACAAACCUCGUCAUGAGUGUUGUAAGGAAGGGUGA